GAAAAUUAAUACAUUAAGGUGAACAUUCCAUUCACCAUGGGCGAGAGCGAAGCACCUCUUCCGAAAGAGGUCAAAACGAUGGUCGACAAACGCCUCAACAUCAGCAGGGAAGCUGAACUCCUUCAGAGUUUCGUGAGAGUCAACGUUGACGAGUCCAACGGAAACUCGGAAGUGGAGAACAGGCUAGAGACGCAGCUGGAAAAACAGAAGGCGGAAGCCGCCCUUGAGAAGUUAGAAGAGGAGAAGAUCAAGAGACAGCAGACCGAAAUCAUCAGAUCUCAGGUCGACGACGAGGUUAAGAAAAAGGGAAAACGAAGGCGUAGGAGAAACAUCGGUUGUAAACGGGAAGAAUUGUACUGCGAUAAGGACAGGGCGGCUGCUGUCAAUUUGGGAUCUAGGGAUAUAAAGCAGUCGUUGAAGAUGAAGAGGAAACAGGAUAGAUCGAAGGCUUUGAUGAUACCCGAAGAGGCAGAACCGAGCACUUUUUUAGCGUGGGGUAACUACGAAAUGGGCAAAGGCGAUCUGAAGAUCGCUCUGGAUUUCAUAACGAAGGCCCUUGAGCUGAACCCCACCGAGAAGAACGCAUUAGUUGCUAGAAGCAAAUGCUACAUCCUGCUCGGCCAGCCUGCCAAAGCCUUGGAUGACGCAGAAAUGGCCCUCAACAUCGACAAGAAUUUUCUGAAAGCCAUAUACCAAAAAGCAGAAUCCCUCUACUACCUUGGUAAUUUCGAAUAUAGCUUGAUGUAUUUCCACAGAGGCCUCCACAUCAGACCUGAUCACGAACAAUUCAAACUUGGAGUGCAUAAAUCCCAAAAAGCCAUUGAGAAUGCUAUCGGUGGACCAUCUUUAUUUGGGACGGGAAGGGAGUCUAAACAAACAUCCGAACAGCCAACCAACAGAUCUGGUACAUCUAAUUCAACUUCAAGCAAAAGGGUUACUCCAAUCAGUAGGGCCAGAUCGUCGAAAGGUAGUAGAUUGCUAAGGGAAUUGGGCGCUGAUAAAGAUUACCUUGAUAAUCUACUGAUGAACCCUAAUAUCAAAUGUAAAUUUAAAGAGGAUGAUGACACGAUUAUGAAGAAUGUACAAGAAACUGUGGACUAUUUGAAUGCAAGACAAGAAUUCUGGAGACAACAAUUGCCACCGAACUUGAGAUAAUGCCUCUUAAAGAAAUUUAAGAAAUUGCAAUUGCAUUAUCCAAUUAAUAUUUUUCAUAGCAUCACUUUUAUCACAAGUUCUCAAUAGAAAAGGAAUGUUAUUCCAGGACUUGGUAGUGUGUGGUAUUUUUUAUGAGGAUACCCUAUAUAGAGGAGGAUUAUGAGGAUAAACCUAAUUUAGGUAAAACAUUAAAUAUAUGUACCUAGAUGUAGUAAAGGAAAUUCAAUUUCAUUGUUUGAUUUUUCGAACUACUGGCCGCUUAUACAGGGCUUAGAGACAAGAACCUGAAGAGUAAAGGGGGUAGAUGUAUUUUAAGAUAUUUUAAAGCAAUAUUUCUGAUUUAUUAUCACAGGUUGGUCAAAAAUUAUUAGAGCCAGAGCAUCUUUAUUGUGUAUUUUAUUAAGAUUGAUUCUUAGGUGAGCAAUUCAAACUGAAUUUGAAUCAAUGAACUAUAAUAAAUGUUUGUUAU